AUGUCCCCCUGUCCAACCUGCGUCGCCCUCCAAAAAGAGAAGAAAAAAAUAUUAGACAACCUCCAAUCCCAACACACCCGCAUCGCAGAUCUCACCACCCCAAUCCGCACGCGCAACCAAGAAAUCAACAGGCUCAACGAGAGAAUCCACAACCAAAGCAAGAAGAUCAACGAUCACGAAAAGACCCUGAAGACGCGCAAGGAUAGGAUUGCGGAGUUGGAGAAGGAGUGUGUCAGGCUUCGAAGGAUCACUUAUGGUGUUUGUGGAGCGAUUUCGGUUGUGGUUGCGUCUCUUUGGUUGGUGGUUUUUGGUCGUUAA